GCAGCAUGAAUAAAAAACUAAAACGACAACAAACAUGGUGAAAGGAAGAAAGGUUGCUCCCAAGAGUCCGGAAGUGAGAGGUAAAAAGCAGACAGACAUGUCUCAGGAGGGGGCCACAGAGGGCUCCAGCACAGAGGACCCUGCCCUCAGUCCCUGCGGCGGCGUUGGGCUUUUCCAGGAGGAUGUGGAAGAAGCCAGCUCUGUGUCAGGCCUGACACCACACGUGCCGGGGGUGAGCCCUGGGGCCCGAGUUCGGGCUGGCAGCAGGAAGAGGGUCCUGAGGGAAGAGACCCAUCAAGGUACCUGCUCCCAGGCUGGGGGUGUGCCUGGGGUCCGCCUGGAGGCUGAGGCCCACUCUAUGGCCCUGGAGCUGCAAGCCGUGGGACAAAGCCAGGAUUUGGUGCCUGGCCCCCAGCUCCACUUCCAGCAGCCCAUGGUGCCUGCUCAGGGGAAGGCUCGGACCUUCAAGAGGCUCCAGGUUUCUCUGCACGACAUCUUCGCUGAAAGUUGGUCCGGGAACCCGUGUAGCGUUCCUCUGGGUCUCCCGGAGAGAGCUUUGGUUGGCGGGGAGAGGUUGGCCGGGGUGGGGACGACAAGCUGCCCCGGGCCAGGAGAGGCCAGAGGAGGUAGGAGUGAUGAAGGAGGCCCCCCCCUCAGCAAAGAGGAGCCCCCCAAAAGGAGCCUUCCAUCCUCACCAGGCCCAGCCCCUGUGGUGGCAAGAAAGAACAACAGGAAGUAUGCAGCCUGCUCAAAGGGUGAGGAGGGGGCAGGUGGCUUCUUGUGGCCUGGUCAGAGCCCUGGUGAGGACAACCCUCCGUGUGAGGGAGGCCGCCCACCACGUGCUGACCUGGAGUCCUUGGGAGACCUUGGCGGUCCUCUCUCUCCCAAGGAGGGAGAGGAGUCUGGGUCAGGAGAUCCAAGUGGAACCUGUGUGGGAUGUGUCUCAGGGACUGAAAAGUUCGAAUAUUUGCCUGCUGCGGGGAAUGGGGCCCAGCCAGGCAGCCCCUGUGACCCUGUUGGGGUCCCACUGCCUGAUGGAGGAGAGUCCCUCAGGCCAGCUGCCUGGGAUCCUCCACAGAGCUCUGCACUGUGCCUGGGAGCGGCCUCCACAGAGUGGCAAGAAGCUGAGCCCCAAGUCGGGGCUGGCUGUGAUGACGGCCCUGCUGUCUCACACAGUCAGGCGGAGCUGGAGGUCAAGGCUCAGCCAGAGUCCAGGGGGAGGCUGGGACAAAGACCCCCUGCUCCCACUGACGGCCCCUCCAGCUCCCUGGAGCCUGCAACCAGCAAGCCUCGCUCAGGCCCAUCCAUGGGACAGAGAAGAUCCAAGUAUGCUAAGAGGUCGAGGAGAGGCCCAGUGCCCCGUGCCCAGCACCAGGGCGCAGACAGGAGUGCAGACGACUCCAGCCAGGACCAGCCAGAGGAAUCCCGCCCAGGAAGCUUCCCCAAACUGGAGGAAGUGGAAAUGCCCCAUGGGGUGAAGCACGUGUGUUACCUUGGUUCCGGGGCAGUGCUCCACCUCCUGGGGGCCAUCCGCCAUGGCCAGGCAGGGGAGCUGCAGCCUCCAAAGCUAGAGGUUCUGGAGGACAUGAUGGAGGUCAGCUUAGCAUCGCCUGUCCAGAGGCCCAGAAGGAAGGAAAGGCCCAGGGCCCAGGGCCCCACCGGGUGCCAGGAGGGGGCUCCUCUUCGUGAGGCCUGUGCUGAGUGUCCCGGGUGCGGCCCAGGGGAGGCUGAAGAGGAGGAGGCUGGUGCACAAGACGGGGGAGAAGACUCAGCUCAGCUUCAGCCCCACCAGGAAAAGCUAUCCCUGGAUAUUGGGGUACGGGGUACGGUGGUCCAUGCCAUGCAGGAGGUGCUGUGGAGUCGCCUCCAGGAGCUCCCAAAUCUGGUGCUGAGUGAGGAGGCGGUGGAGGGCAUUGCUGCUGGUAUUGAGAUAGCCCUCUUCGACCUGACACAAGCCACCAGCUGUCGCUACAAGACCAAGUACCGCAGCCUGCUGUUCAACCUGCGCGACCCCCGGAAUCCGGACCUGUUUCUCAAAGUGGUUCGGGGAGAUGUCACCCCCCACGACCUGGUGCGGAUGAGCUCCACCCAGCUGGCCCCCCAAGAGCUGGCCCGCUGGCGGGACCAGGAGGAAAAAAGGGGCCUGGAGAUCAUUGAGCAGCAACAGAAGGAGCCGUGCAGCCUCCCAGCCUUCAAACUGACCCACAAGGGUGAGGUCGAGAUCCUGCGGGACGUGGACCAGACGCUGACCUUGGAGGAUCUGGUGGGACCCAUGGUGUCCAUAGACUGCAGCCCACUGGCCCUGCCUGCCACACUGAAGGCCACCCCGGAGCAGAACGAGACCACCACGGAUUGGAAGCCCUCGGGUGAGCUGCCAGGCUCCUUCAAAGCUACUGGGAGGAUAGGGGACAGUGUCUUUCAGAGAACCCCAAGGCCAACCCUCGCGUCCUCUCCAGAGGUGCCCCAAACUAGGGAGAAGUGUCCCACACAGCUCCAGGACAGGCUCCAGAUGCAUGCUGGGCCCACAAAGGCCCUGCCCAGCCAGCCACCCUGGGAGGGAGCUCUGGACAUGUUCUCCAUCAAGCGGUUCAGGGCCAAGGCCCAGCUGGUGUCUGGAAACAGUUGUCGGCUCCUCAUGACCCUGCCUGAGGUGAUCCGUUCAGCAGGCUGCAUCCCCUCCAAUACUGUCUGGGAACUUUUGGCCAGCAUCUGCCCGGCCGAGGCCAAGGACAUCUGCGUGGCCAGACUGUGCCCACACGGGCCUCGGGACACCCAGAACUGCCGGCUGCUCUACUCCUAUCUCAACAACAAGCAGCGCCAUGGCCUGGCAGCCGUGGAGCACGUGGGCGUGGUCCUGCUGCCCCUGCCGGCCUUCCAGCCCCUGCCCCCCAGACUGCGCCCUCUGGGAGGCCCUGGCCUGGAAGCCGCCCACUCAAGCCUGGUCCUAGCCGUGCUGCUCCCCAAGGCAGGGCUUCCAGACACAGCGGAGUCCGGCCCUUUGUGGGGGAAGGUUCGAAAGAUGGUCUCCUUCAACAGAAAAGUAGAGAGAAGAUGCUAUCAGCCAGAGGACAGGAGUCCCAGCGUGGCCCCAAAGGGCUCCCCUCCCCCAAGGGGCACUCUGCAGCCGAGCCAGGGCGAUAGCAGCUUGGCUCCAAGGGGAAUCUGUGCUUGGCAGAGGCCCCCCAGAGGCAGGGGGAGACUGUGGGGAGAGCCAGAGACCUGGCAGAGUCCUGGGCGAGGGCAGCGGCCCCCCAAACCACGCCAAUGCCAGUCCUGGCAACCCUAUUCAGCAGCAUCAUCUGGCCCCGGCCAGCACCUCCACAGGGCCUCCUGUCCCCACCAGGCCCUGCUCCAGCAUCUGGAAUCUCUGGUGUCCAUGAGCCACCAGCUCCAAGCCUCACUGAGAUCCCCAGGCCAGGGGCUCUUCCCCCCAACCCCUGCCCCACCCCCUGCGGCCCCUGGAAUUCUUGGCCUACUUUGCCAGCCCCCUAUAGCUCCAGAGCCCCCUGGCCAGGCUUCUGACUCUUUGGGUCCUACAGGUGGAGCUGGCUCUGAGUGUACCUUCCCUGGAGAGACCUGACUCUCAUUACCCACCAGAAGAGAGACAUUGAUUCCGUCCCCGGGAUGGAAUCCUGAGCUGUUCCAGAGGGAGGGGCAGAGGAAGAGGGGAGGGCCAGCUGUUUUGAGAUUCUUG